AUGGCGGCGGCGCCGAUGAUUCUCUACCUCCUGUGCUUCGUCGCCGUCUCGUCGGAGCUCGCUGCCCGCGCCCAUGGACAGGUCGACACCCUGGGCUUCAUCAGCAUCGACUGCGGCAUCCCAGAGGGCGCGGCGUACGCGGACCAGUCCACGCGGGGCCUCCGCUACAUCUCCGACGCCGGGUUCACCGACGCGGGGCUCAACGCCGGCGUCAACCCGCCGUACAACAUCAAGGGCCUGGCCGACCGCUACCUCACCGCCCGCUACUUCCCCGGCAGCGACGGCGAGCGCAGCUGCUACACGCUCCGGCCAGUGACCGCCGGCGGCAGGUACCUCGUCAGGGCCACCUUCUACUACGGCAACUACGACGCGCUGAACCGGCUCCCCGCCUUCGACCUCCACCUCGGCGUCAACCGCUGGGUCACCGUCAACGUCACCGCCCCCGGCGCCAUGUACAUCUACGAGGCGGUGGUGGUGUCGCCGGCGGACUUCUUCCAGGUGUGCCUGGUGAACCGAGGCCUGGGCACACCGUUCAUCUCCGGGCUUGAUCUGAGGCCGCUCCAAGACGAAAUGUACCCGGACGCCACCGUGAACCAGUCGCUGGCGCUGCUCAACUUCCGCCGCCCGGCGGCGACAUACAGCUUCAACCGAUACCACUUCUGGCGGCCGGCCAGUACAUACCGAGUGUUCAGGUACCCAUUUGAUCCAUACGAUCGGCUCUGGCAGUCUUACGGAGAUAUUGACGCAUGGACCAACAUAACAUCCACAACAGCCGUCGAUGUCUCCAACAUCAGCAGCUUCCAUACGCCAUCGAAGAUACUGUGGAGCGCUGCCACUCCAGUGAACGGAACCCGGAUCGACUUCACAUGGAGCUCAGAUUCCUCCAUAAACAAUGACAAGACAUCAUACCUCCUGUUGCUUUACUUUGCGGAGGUGCAGAGGUUGCCAAGCAAUGCACUGAGGCGGUUUGAUAUCCUUGUUGAUAACACUACAUGGAAUGGCAGCCAGGGCUACAGCCCGAGGUACCUUUCUGCCGAGCUUGUGAAAAGGAUGGUGCAGGGAUCAAGCCAGCACACUGUCUCGCUUGUUGCCACACCAGAUGCGACUCUUCCACCACUCCUGAAUGCAUUCGAGAUAUAUUCGGUGCUGCCAAUGACUGAGCGUGCGACAAAUGAUGCAGAUGCCAAGGCCAUGAUGGAGAUUCGCAAAAAUUAUGCAUUGAAGAAAAAUUGGAUGGGUGAUCCUUGUUCACCAAAAGCAUUUGCUUGGAAUGGAUUGAACUGCAGUUAUACUUCAUCUGGCCCUGCAUGGAUCGUAGCUCUGAACUUGUCAUCUAGUGGGUUGAGCGGUGCAAUCGAUGCUUCUUUCAGAGAUCUAAAAUCCCUGCAAUACCUGGACUUGUCCAAUAACAGUCUAUCUGGUCCAGUACCUGAUUUUCUUGCGCAAAUCCCAUCACUCACAUUCCUUGAUUUGUCAAGCAACAAACUCAACGGACCAAUUCCUGCAGUUCUACUACAAAAACGUCAAAAUGGAUCUCUUGUAUUAAGGACCGGUAACAACGCAAAUCUGUGUGAUAAUGGUGCUUCUACCUGCGAACCAGAGAACAAGAUUGGUAAAAGAAUACUUAUCAUUAUUGCAAUAGUUGUCCCAGUAGCAGUAGCUACUCUACUAUUUUUGGCGGCAUUUCUUAUCCUUCGUAGAAUGAAGAAUAAACAAGUUACAAGGACAGCAAACAACUCAAGGCUUCCUAGCCCUCGAGAAAGAUCGAAUGUAUUUGAAAACAGACAGUUCACCUACAAAGAGUUGAAGCUCAUGACAGCUAACUUCAAAGAAGAAAUAGGGCGAGGAGGAUUUGGUGCUGUCUUUCUAGGAUAUUUGGAGAAUGGAAGUCCAGUUGCUGUCAAGAUGUGUUCAAAAACAUCUCAAGGGGAUAAAGAGUUUUCAGCUGAGGCUCAACACUUGACUAGAGUUCAUCACAGAAACCUUGUUUCCUUGAUUGGAUACUGCAAGGACAAGAAACAUCUAGCCCUUGUUUAUGAAUAUAUGCAUGGUGGAAACCUAGAGGACCGUCUAAGAGGCGAAGCCUCUGCUGCAGCACCCCUCACUUGGCAUCAACGUCUCAAGAUUGCUCUCGACUCUGCCCAUGGAUUGGAGUAUCUACAUAAGGCAUGUCAACCGCCACUGAUCCACAGGGACGUGAAGACAACGAAUAUUCUGCUAUCUGCUGAACUUGAGGCGAAGAUAUCUGAUUUUGGGCUUAGUAAGGUGUUUGCCGACGAUUUUAAGACCCACGUCACAACACAACCAGCAGGUACCCUGGGGUACCUGGACCCUGAGUACUAUAACACAUCCCGGCUCAGUGAGAAGAGUGAUGUGUACAGCUUCGGAGUCGUGCUACUGGAGCUCAUCACAGGUCAGCCACCGGCAGUCCCUGUUACUGGCACCGAGAGCAUCCACAUUGCACUUUGGGUGCGCCAGAAGCUCUCCAUGGGUAACAUCGAGAGCAUUGUUGACCCGAGGAUGGGAGGAGAGUAUGAUGUCAACUCUGUCUGGAAAGUUGCAGAAUUGGCACUGCAAUGCAAAGAGCGGCCAUCACGUGAACGGCCAACAAUGACUGACGUUGUGAUGGAGCUCAAGGAGUGCAUGGAGCUGGAUGUGCUGCACGCAAUGGGAUAUUACAGCUCGGCGCCGAGUAGCACAGUCAAUCUCAGUGCAGCGAGUGUUGAUUUGCAGAGUGAUGCCCAAGAAAGUGAUGCAAGACAGGAAACUGCGCUUGACCUGGAACAGUUGGGCAAUGCAUCAUCAACUCAAUUAGGUCCUGCACCACGAUGAGACCGAUCGUUCAAUUUGUAUGUUUAAUGGUCUAGAAUUCAUGGAGUAAGUCAAAGAUGCAUCAGAAAAUUGUAUUUCAUCAUGUUAUUUGAGCUGUUAAAUCAAGUAACUAGCUGCACAACCCUCCAUCUAUGAAUGUUGUAUGCUUAUGGUAGAAACUGAAGAUGC